UCACACACAUGCCGAAGCAUUCAACUCAAUCACUUCAAACUCUCAAGUACACAAUCAUGCACCUACAGGGUUCUAUUCGCGUUCUUCUGCCUUUUCUCAUCUUCAGUUACGCCGUUCUAGCUUUCCCAAGCGCCAACACAACCUGUGUCCCAGGCCCUCCCGGCCCAGGUUACUCGUCCAUUGCAGAGGUCAAAGCAAAUGGGAAGCGCAGUCCAGACUGCUGUACAAAGACCGGAGGCCCUGGACUUGAACAGGACAUGAAAGAAUGUCUCGACUUUAUCCGGGGCCACAACGCAAACAUCACCGUCUUUGGACGAGGCUCGGUCUUUUGCUUUCGGGAGAAGAGCAUGGUCUACGGGCAGCCUCUCAGGUUCCAAGAGACGGUAGUGACUAGUGAGGAUGUUGCCAAUGCAGUGCAGGAAGUACUUGACACCUGCUACGUGGGCAAGAAGCUAAGAAACGGGGGGGCCCUUGUGCUCGGAACAAGUGAUGUUGUGGAGGUGGUCCUCAAUGAGUAUGUGGAGGACUUUGGCUAUCCCCCGUUCUGCUAGGCAUCAGUCGCAUCACCGAGUUGCUAUACGCGGACAGAAUACUGCUCCGCUCAAACUCAGUCCAGCGGUAGUGUUCACUAGCUCAAGAUGGAUCAGAUAUAGUCGGGCGACUCGGGCCAACCAGCUUCAGCUGCGAUUUGGAGGUGUGCGCGGAUGUGCAUCUGGCUUUGUUUGGAAUUACAAAAAUAAAUAUUCUCGACAGUGAGAAGAUACGUAGGGAUCUAGUGGGAGAAAAUGGCAAAAAGGUG